AUGUGGAUUUUCAGGGUGAAGCGGCCGCCGGGUUCUCCGCCUGUCUUCAAGGCGCGCUACGUGGCUCGUGGCUUCAGUCAGCGGCAGGGAGUUGACUACUUUCAGACCUUCUCUCCCACCCCGAAGAUGACCACUCUUCAGGUACUACUGCACAUAGCCGCUCACCGUGACUACGAGCUUCACUCUCUUGACUUCAACACUGCUUUCUUGCAGCGGAGCCUGCACGAGGAGAUCUGGCUGCGCCGUCCACCUGGCUUCACUGGGUCUUUUCCUCCUGGUACCCAGUGGAGCCUCCGGUGGCCAGUCUACGGUCUCCGCCAGGCACCUCGUGAGUGGCACGACACACUGAGGACUACACUCGCGGCUCUUGGGUUUGCUCCUUCUACUGCCGACCCGUCGCUGUUUCUGCGCACCGACACUUCUUUGCCGCCGUUCUACAUCCUCGUGUACGUCGACGACUUGGUCUUUGCCACAGCUCGCACUGCUGGAUUCGCCCACGUGAAGUCCGAGCUGCAGAAGAGACACACGUGCACAGACCUGGUUGAACUGUGCAGCUACCUUGGCUUGCAGAUCACCCGGGACAGAGCACAGCGCACCAUUACCCUGACUCAGUCACACAUGGUGCAGCAGGUCCUUCAGCGCUUCGGCUUCAUGUACUCCUCGCCUCAGGCCACUCCUCUGUCUACUCGCCACUCGCUCUCAGCUCUGCCUUCGGAUGAGUCCGUAGAGUCGAGUGGCCCGUACCCAGAGCUUGUUGGCUGCCUCAUGUACCUGAUGACCUGCACUCGACCUGACCUUGCAUACCCUCUUAGCAUUCUGGCACGCUAUGUUGCUCCUGGGAGACACCGACCAGAGCACAUGGCUGCAGCGAAGAGGGUGUUGCGCUACUUGUGUAGUACGUCGGGCAUGGGGCUUGUACUUGGAGGGUGGAAUCCAGUGGUCCUCACUGGUCACGCAGAUGCUUCUUGGGCUGAUGACCAGGCUACGCAGCGGUCGUCACAGGGUUACACCUUCAGUUUUGGUUCUGGCUCUGUUUCGUGGCGGUCUACCCGCUCGUCUUCUGUUCUCGGCUCCAGUUGUGAGGCUGAGAUCUACGCGGGGGCCAUGGCUGCACAGGAGUUACACUGGCUCACCUACCUACUGACUAACCUUGGAGAGCCGCCUCAUUCUCCUCCAGUUCUGUACGUAGACAACAAGGCCAUGCCGGCCUUGUGUCGGGAGAACAGACUGGAGCACAGAACGAAGCACAUUGCUCUUCGCUACUUCCUUGCUCGUGAGCUGCAGCAGCGUGGUCAGCUACGACUUGCUUACGUGGCCUCUCAGGCCAACACUGCUGAUAUCUUCACCAAGGCACUCGCGCCUUGUGAUCUUCAACGCUUCUGUACUUUCUUGCUGUGCUUUGCUUGA